AUGACUUGGAAUUGCCUACCCAAAAGAAAACUUGAGCCUCAAAAAGAAACUCUACAUAUUCCCUCGGACAUAGCUCCUGGACUAAAUACCCCUUUAUCAUUAAGAAAUACUAUGAUUAGAGAUUGUUCAAGACACAUGCAAUUCAAAAACUCGUCGCCUUCGGUGAGGCCCUAUCAUAAGUGUCUUUGUGAUAAUAAGCCGGCGAAAUUUAAUGAUGCGAAAACUAAAGUAAUAAAUCAUUUUUGGGGUAAAUCCCAAAAUUUAGAGGGAGGAGCUCAAGAUCGGCUCCAAUAUCAAUUAUCAAAACAUCCGAUCGACUCGCCUUUGCUAUCAACUAAUAAGUUUGAGCGAGUGGAGGUCCCUAAAAUAAACUAUGUAAAAAGGCAGAAAAAAGAUGUCUUAUCACUUUCAGAAGAAAAAACUAUGGCAGGGAUCAAACGAAAUUUGAGGAACCACCUUAAACUUGACUACAAAGCAACUUCAAGUUUUUGGUUGAAAAGAGCUAGAAAGUCUAAGCGCUCAGUACUGGUCCCGCGCCAUAAAAGCGUUGUAGCCAAAGUGGGAGGUGUAUUUUUAUUGGCUGAUAUAACUGAUGGUAUUAGUGUUACGAAUAGCUCAAAUCCUAUUCGAAUUAUGCCUGGUUCCCGUCGGCAGUAUUUUCAAAAUGUGGGAAUUUUUGACCGGUAUGCAGGCUCAAAGAGUGAAAGAGAACCAAGACUAUACUUUUGGUGUAAAAAGAGUAUACGUACCCGUCUCAUACCGAAUAAUCAGGUGAAUCCAGAUAGUAUUUCAGUGACUUCAAAAGAAUGCGAACAUCAGCUGAUAUCUCGGACGACUUUUCUACUUGAGGAAACAUCGAAAUAUUUUAAAAGGUCUAAAAAGUCACAAAAAUCUAAGAAUGGGACUAAUUUGACGAUAAACACGCCAAAGACAAUCUCAAGUUAUGCAUCUUUUGACUCUAGCCCUAGACCAUUUGGGUUUGCUCCCUGGCAUCGAACCGAGUCUUAUGAAUCUCUCUGGAGCUUAUCUAGCAGUGUGCACCGGCUACUAAUCGGAAAGACACCACCAGCGACACCAGUCCUUGAAAAUAAGUAUGUUGGAAGCGAUGGAAAGAUGUAUUCAAUGGUUGACAUUUCAAGCACUGAUCCUCUUGAAGCAUCAUUCCUACCCUCUGAGGGAACUCGAAUUAGGACGCCGACUGAGCCACUGAUAAGCCCAGUAUUGCUACUCCUCUAUAACAAGGAUGAAAAGAAAAUUCUAGAAUGGUCUACCCUACAGUGUACAAGUACGAGCCCUGAAACAGUGGCUGCUAUGCAAGAAGCGUCUAAUGAGUUACCUGGAUCACUUAUGUCUGAUGCUGACACAACAAAAUAUUUGGCUCCGGUCAAGGUUUUUAUAGGAAUCUCCACGGUAUCAUAG